AUGGAUGAAGAAGUGAUCGACUUGCUCGAAGAUUUUUCCGAUCGAGAGUUCGACGAAGAAGAGCAGGAAGACGAAGAGCCGGAACUUGAUGAAGCUGAUCUUCAGGAGAUCGAUGAAAUGGACGAACCCGAACAAGAAGAGUAUGAGCCAGAGCCAUACGUUCCUCCAAAACCAGCGGGAAAGAUACCACUCAGCUCAGCAGAUCUUCUCGCUAGUCCUGAGAGACCAAAGAGAAAAAUUCCGACGAAUUCGGCGUCGGGGAAUCGACAGGGAAAGAUUCCUCUAAAUCUACUUGCCAGUCCAGAGAAAGCUCCCCGCCGACCGGGGAACGCAACAGGUCCUCGAAAACAAGGGAAGAUUCUCAGCUCCGCUGAUCUACUGGCCAGUCCCGAAAGACCUAAGAAGCGGACAAUCUCGCAGAAACCAGUGAAAAAACCUGAUGAUCAUCUGGCAAAACAGAUUUUCGAAGUCGAAAAGAAAGAACCUCCUCGAAAAAAGAUCCUUCUCAACUCUGAUGAUCUCCUUGCAAGCCCAGAAAAGCCGAAAAAAGUUGCCAGAAGAACCGUCCUACCACCAGGCACGAGUCCAGCUCAAAAGAAAAAGAUUUUGACCUCUGCGCAGCUUCUGGAAAGCCCGGAAAAGGUGCAAAAGCGAAUGCCUCCACCGCCUCCCGGAAGCCAAAAGAAAAAGAUCUUGAACUCAGCAGAGUUGAUGGCGAGCCCGGAGAAGGUUCAAAAGCGGCCUGGUCCUCCACCGCCUGGAAGCAAGAAGAGAAAAAUCUUGAGCUCAGAAGAUCUUCUCGCAAGUCCAGAGAAACCAACCGGUUCGGUCCUUCGUGGAACAGGGCAGUCUGCAAAUCAGCAGGUUAAGAUGAUUCAAAGGAAGAAAAUGGACAUCAACUUAUCCUUCAAAGAACUGACGGAAAGAAAUAAGGUUGUGGAAAAGCCCGCCUCUCCUGAAGAGGAGGAGGAAGAAGAUGAACGAAUGCCGAUUGAAGUCACUAUUGCCAAGAGCAAGAAACCUGCCAAACCAGCCCAACCUGCUCAGCGGAAGAUUCCGCUUACUUCUUCCCAACUUAUUGACAGCCCGAAGAAGCCAAUUCCUGUUUUGAAGAAAAAAGUGGCAAAUCAUAGCAAGAAGCUUUCAUUCCCGGGCCCCGAAGAACAAAUUGAAGUCGUCGAUUCGGACGAAGAGCGCACUGAACAGAAGAAACUGCCCAUCGAAGUGACGAUUCGAAAUAAACCAGCAGCAGAAGACGAUGGCCCUGACAGUGAGGAUGAACUCUACGACGUCAAGGAGCGGGUGGAAAAUCUCCAAGACGAUCUCCAAGAAAUGUGGGGUCUUUUGCAAAAGCUAACAGCCUUCGCACUCGAUGUUACGCGAAAAACAACGGAUCCAGAUAUUCGUAAACAUGCCAAAAGCAUAUUCAAGGAAGCGGCAAUGUUUGAAAAUGUCUGUCCAAGAGCGUCAUGGGAGAAAAUGAAGCGCUCCGUGGAAGAUCCGGUGCCGUUUUUCGGAACCAACGUCGACAAGUGUUGCCAAACCGGAGAGGAGCCGCGAAAGAAAACAAGCAGCAAGCUCAACAAUCGCAAGGUCAAGAACCAGGACUUUCUCUCUCUCAUGUACCCUGUCGAUUAA